UUUAUUUAUAUAUUUUUAUUUUAUUUUUUAUUUUUUUUCUUGAGGAAUCUCUAAAAUAUUCCAUAGGUCAUAAAUCGUUAGAGUUUCCAAUGAGCUUUGAGGCGGAAAUGAUUGCAGUAAUAUCAGAAAAAAAAAUGGGACUUUGCCUCAGAACCAAGUCAGUCAAGCUUUACUACCAUUUGAAGGUUAUGCCCGCAUGAAGCACACAUUCUUUAAUGCUCAGAGGAGCUUUUAGCCUUGGUGACACCAGAUCCAGUCUGAUUUCUACAAGGCAGGAGACUGAAAGGCACUCACUACCAACAUGAGCACUGAAAGCGAAGAGCAUAUCAUUGACAUCAAUAACACCUCAGUUCAUACGCUGAGCAAGAAAAAUGGAAAGGACAGAAGGCGGCUCCGCUACAUGCAGAAAGAUGGCCGGUUCCAGGUGGCAUUCCAGAAGCCCCCUGGAGACUGGAGCCCAUAUUUACUGGACAUUUUCACCACCCUCAUAGAGAUUCGCUGGAGGAUGAUGUUCCUUCUCUUUUCCCUUUCUUAUAUUCUCUCCUGGAUCUUCUUCGGUCUCUGCUAUUGGCUCAUUGCCUAUAUACAUGGCGACACUCAGAGUUCAGAUAACAAUCCUUGCAUGGACAACGUGCGUGGCUUUACUGGAGCAUUCCUGUUCUCAAUGGAGACCCAGGCAACUAUUGGUUAUGGAAGUAGGGGAAUGACUGAGAAUUGCAUUGGGGCUAUUAUUGUGGUUACCAUCCAUAAUCUAUUUAGCUGCUUUCUCGACACUAUUAUUAUUGGCAUCAUUGUGGUUAAAAUGGCAUCAGCCCGAAGGAGGUCUCAGGCAGUGCGUUUCAGCAGCUCCGCAGUGGUCAACCUGCAGAAUAGGGUGCUGUGUCUGUCAUGGCGUCUUGGAGACUUCAGGGGUAACCACAUUCUGGAGGGAGUCGUCAAGGCCCAUCUUGUCCGGCAUGUGAAGAAGCGAGGUUCUGUUGUGAUGCUGUACCAGGAUUUGGAGCUCGAGAACCCACAUGUCGUUCUCGUCACCCCCACAACAAUUGUUCACAAGCUAAAACCAGGAAGUCCCCUUUACAGAAUAGGUCCAGAUGACUUGAAGAGGAAGAAAUUUGAACUGCUCAUCUCCUUCACCUACACCGGGGACUCCACAGGGCUGCUCCAUCAGACACGCACGUCCUACACUUCUGCAGACAUCCGCUGGGGUCAGCGUUUCCACGAUAUACUGAAAGUGGAGAAGAGACACUACAAGGUGGACUAUGCUAUGUUCAAUGAAACCACCUGGGUGCCAGUGCCCAGGCUCUGUGCAGAGGCUUAUGAAAGAGGGAGUGGACACCCUAAUGAGCGCAAUUCACUCUUACCAUCAUUUACAGUAAACAGCCACAUCUACUGGGCCACCACUAACAGCCCCGAAGAGGUAGUGAUGCAAACAUCUUUGUAAUCAAACAAAUGCAUGUACAUAUGACGAACUAUUUUACUGUGCGUACUAAAUAUGAAAUGUGAAACCAUUUGAAUGUCUAUGUAUAUACAUUUUCAUCCAAAUCUUAUAAUAUAUUGAUUUAUGGCUUGUAGGCAAUAAGUUGUGUGUUUGGCUAACAAAUGGAAAUUUAAUAGAGCUUCUAUUUGUCACUUAAAAUUGCAUUUCUUUACAUUACACAACAUAAAAUAAUUAUGUUUUCUAUGUGAAUGUCCCAAAAGAGCAGACAUAGAAUUGUCCCGUUGUGAGUGGGGAAGUUAAGGAAUUUGUAUCAUAUUUACACAGUACAAAAAUAUAUCCUUUUAAUCUGUCAUAAUUUACAGUGACUUCUAUCACAUGCAUAUGUUCUGAUAUAAACCAUUCCACUGUAACUGGUCGUUUUUUUAAAACUUCAAAGAAACACUGAAAUCAACAGGGUCAUAAGAUAUUAAUGAGUGUAAAUCUUGUGACAUUUCCAGUUAAUUUGUUUCUAUGAUUUCAUUAGAAAAAUCAAUAAAUAAAAAUAAAAUAAACAUUUUGACACAACAAAAUGACACUGUAUUUUAACAUAUUCUUAUUUUAGGAUACAGUAGUUAAGUAUGUGGCAUAUUUAAAUACCCCUAACCAACUAACAUAAUCAUCCUAAAUUGAUAAUAAUAUUAAUAAGAAUGAAAUAAAAAAUAAUGAUGUAAAUCUUUAUAUACCGUACGAAACCUGCUCUUGCCCAUGGACCAUGUAUG